AUGAAUAUUGGAGAAGUUACACGGUUGCCUGUUAUAGAGAAGGGGGAGGUUAUUGGUUUAGUUUGCAUAUCGGAUUGUUUACGUGAUGUUGACAAAAUUACGAGAAGGAAAGCUGCUAAGCUUAUGGCAACGAAUUGGGAUGCCCUUGAGAGUUGCUGCGAUUUAAAAGGAGAUAAUGAACUUGAAAAGGCAAGAAAUAACCAGCGUACUAGACGGCGCACAAGCACACAGACAUCACCUUUGGUCAGGCAAUUCCUGCUUCAAAGGAAUGACGAAAUCCUAGAAGAGGAGGUCCAACCAGGCUUCAUUUACGAGAUCUACCACAAAAACCUUCCUCCUAGAACUCAUCUUCAACUGAGAUCCGUUCGCGUUUUUGUGAUAUCCGAGCAUUCUGUCAUUACGAACUUAUUUCAGUCAUGGAAUCAUGGAGAUGUAUCCUGCAUUAGAAGAGAAGUUCGUAAUGGGAGUAAAACUGGCAGGCAAAGUUGUUUUUCGGCAUGUUCCAUCUCAGAAUUCGACGAGAAGAAGCAUCUGCAGAAUUUCUGGCUGGUGAACCCAAACUCUCAAGUCGGGUCGGGUCAUGCUGCUAUGAAGAUUGACGAGAUCGGAUUGGCAAAGGAACUGAAGAACAAUGCGUUGGUAAUUAAGGUGGGGUGUAAGAAGACAAGUUAUGUUUAUUGGUCACACAACGCUGUAGGAGCAAUGGAACAUUGGCUUCAAAGUGCUGAUCUUCUUAAAAUUAGGAAAGACACCGGAGUAAGUGAUCCUUUCUGGACUCAAACGCCUGUUAUAUUUAUGGCUCUAAAUCGUCCAUUUAUGAUUACUCUCUAUUGGGGUGGCAAUGUUGAAUAUGAGAAUGGAAUCAUCAAGGGCGACGAAUCAACUAUGUCUGCUUCAGACAUUAUUAGGCAAAAAAUACGGUAUGAACAAUUUCAAGAUUUGGCUUAUGCACUUGUUGGAGUCGAAAAAUCUUCAUAUAAGUUGAAUAUGUCAUUAUGUUACCAAUAUUCUGGGAGAUCUAAUAUCGCACCACUUAUAAAUGAUUCAACCUUAGACAUGUUGUAUUAUUUAGCUGCGACUGAUGAAAAUUAUUGGGGUCAAGUUUGUGUUGAAAUUGAGAAAAUAGUGAUACCUACAAAUACUAGUUUGGUAGAUCUCCUUCGUAAUUUUGAAGUACCAUUUCCUUUGCCGAGUGAUGAUAGAUUUGAGCCAAAUAAUGAGUUUGGAUUUGAUGAUCCCAACUCAGAAUGCAGUAGUGAGUCAUUAAGCCAUAUUGAGGAAGACUCUGAUGAUGUGAGUGACAAAUUAGUUGUAGACUUUAUGAAUGAUGUUGGAAAUAUAGGAGAUGAUGUCGUAGAAAAUUUAGAGGACAACAUUCAUAUAGAUGUUUGGAAGGAAACAGAAAACAAAAUUAGGUUAGGAAUGCAAUUUGAAAGUAAGCAGCAGGUGAAAAAUGCAGUAAUACUUUGGUCUAUUAGUCAAAAUAGAGAGUUUAAGGUGUAUGAAAGUAAACAUAACAAAUGGGUAGCAAAAUGUAAGACCGAGGUGGGUGAAGGAGAAAGCUCUAGUUCUAUGCACCAUACACAACCUUGUCAAUGGUAUAUCCGUGCAAUUAAGAAGAAAAAUAAUCAUAUGUGGCAGAUUACACAUUGGGUGGAUGAACAUAAUUGUUUUGGAUCUUGUAUUGGCAAUAAUAACAGAAAUCUAAACUCUAGAGUUAUUGCCUCAUACAUUCUCCAUUCAAUUCAAAAAGAUGUUGCUUACCCGGUGAAACAUGUACAAGCAGAUAUAAAAAAUCAUUUUCAUGUUGACGUUUCUUAUUGGAAGGCAUGGCAUGGAAGAAGAAAAGCCAUAGAGACCAUUUAUGGAACUUGGGAGAGUAACUUUGUUGAGUUACCCAAGUAUAUUGCAGCUUUGCAGGCUUCAAACCCUGAUACAAUUGUCAAGUGGUUUCAUAACCAAAAUAGCUCAUCACAAGUGGCAAAAUUCAAAUAUAUUUUUUGGGCUUUUGGACCAGCUAUUAAGCAUUUCAUUUGUGUCGCCCUGUAA